GAAGAGUGCCCUGUCUACCCCACUGAAUUGGCUUUUGCUCUGGACACGUCCUCAGAUGUCACACUGUCCGUAUUUGAAAGGAUGAAGGGAAUUGUACUUAAACUGCUGCAGAAUAUUAACAUCGCUGAAAGCAACUGUCCCUCUGGGGCCCGGGUGGCAGUUCUUACAUACAGUAAUAUAGCAAGGCCUUUCAUCCGGUUUUCAGACUUUAAGAAGAAGCAGUUACUAAUCGAAGGAGUAGAAGAACUAGCACAUGAGCGAUCAACAAGAAAACGGAAUAUUGGCGUUGGAAUGCAGUUUGUUGCAAGACAUACUUUUAAACGAGUUCGUAAUGGGAUCCUUGUGAGGAAAAUAGCUGUGUUUCUCACAAAUGGAGACUCGAAAGACACCAAUGCCAUUGCUACUGCUGCUUCAAAAUUCAAUGCUUUAGAUAUCAUUCCGGUUGUCAUUUCUUUAAAAGACAUCCCAGAAAUAGAACGAGCUUUUAAGGUCAAUAGUGAAGACAGACCUGAAGUAAUCAUACUACCAAGUCAGCAACAAGCCUCCGAAGAAAUAUUAAACAGGUUCCUCUGGUGCACAUUGUGCUUUGAUCAGUGUGAACCAAAUGACUUGUGUAUCAGAGGUGGUCAGCCAGUCCCUCUCCCAGUGAACUUGGACAUGACUUUCAUUGUUGAUGACUUGCAGCAGAUGGAAUCAACACAGUCCGAAAUAAUUCAGACUUUCUUGACCACAAUGAUUGACACAUUUCUGAGCACUCCAGAAUCUCAAGCCUCUGGUCUUCAUCCCCGGAUGGGUCUGGUACAACACCCAUCAAGUUACACUCCGAGAUAUGGGAAAGAUCCAUUAAACCUAGAGUUUGGAGUUCUGGAUUAUGCCACGAAAACCUUGAAGAAGAGACACAUCCAAGAACCAUUCAGUGAGCUCGAGGGCACCACUGGCAUUGCCAGCAGUAUUACAUGGAGCUUGAAGAAUUUCUUCUCCAACCUCUCAAAUCCACAAACUUACAAAGUUAUCUUCACAAUAUUUUCAGAGGAAACAAUUAUUGAUGAGAACAAAUUACUGGAGAUAUCACAAGAAGCAAAGUGUAAAGGUUUCACACUGUUUGCACUGGCUGUAGGGGACAUAUCUAAUGUCACAGUCCUGGAAGAGUUUGUCAGUUUUCCUUUUGAUCAGCAUUUGGUUCAUCUGGAUAAGGGUCUGGAGGCUGAAAUCGAAUAUGCACAAAGGUUUGCAGUGGCUUUUCUAAAAAACCUACCAACUGGAAUCAACAGCUACCCCCCUCCAGAUUUAGCAAAGAAAUGCAGAGGAACAGAAUCUCAGGAGACAGUAAAAGAAGCAGAGAAAACACCGUCCAAUUAUUUACAACUGAUGGUUGUUCAAGAUGAUAUCGAACAACCUCAGAGUUACACUAACAAUGCCGAUGUGUGUGCACUGAAUCCUGAUGAAGGCAACUGUCACGAUUACAGCAUAAAAUGGUUCUACAGUAACAAAGAGAAGGACUGCAGACGGUUCUGGUACGGUGGCUGUGGAGGAAACAAGAAUCGAUUUGACACCCGAAAGGAAUGCCGAAAAGUGUGUCGAACAUCUGUUCCAUAAAUCCCUUGUAAAAUGCAUUGGUGUUUCUUAAGGCAUGUGCCUGACUGUAGAAUAUAUUGAAACAACGCACCAGGAUAAUUCAAAUUUGUUGUUUGAGUUGCCACUGGAGAAAUAAUGUCUUCAUUGUAACAAAGUCGAUAUUGAUCCUGUUUCACAGUUACGUAGUUUGCCCAAUCUAUUGAUUUUCAUGGUGCCUUGACUUCUAAUUGAAAUCAUCUGCAGACAUGCUCAUAAAUACAAACUUGUGACAUGGUAGCAAAUGACAUUUUGGGUCAGAAACUAUUAGUAUUCCCACUGACCUCAUUUACAAUGCAGUUUCUGCAUUGUGCAAGAAUAAUUAAACCACUCUUUUUAGCUGGUGCCUUUUACAAAAACAAUUGAGCAACUCCAAUGCUUUAACUGUCUAUUUUACAUAUACAAUUUAAUACUGUUUUGGUGCAUACUCUUUGAAGAGAAAUUUUCAACUAUUGUUUUUGUGUAAGUGAACUUGAACAGUAACUUUCAUUGCAUUCCUGAAUAUUAUUUUGCUUGAAGUCUUUAGAUACAAUUCUUCUCGGGGAGAAUGUUUAAUUAUUUGAAAUUAAAAUCGUAUGUAUAAUUCCACGAGAUUCUUGAAGAAGGAAAAGGAUCACUCUGCUGCCAGCAUUGUUCCAUGUGGCAUAGAUUGCUACCUGUUCUUGGGCUAACACACAAAUAAAAUCAUGAACCACAA